AUGGAUAAAGUACAAAAUAUGUUAAAUGUCAGAUUGAUUGCAGCAGGCAAGCAUAUUGAACUGUCAAAUCAAUUUAAGAAAUUAAAGACUGAUCAGGAACGUAUAGUAUUUACUCUGAAUCUAAUGCAACAAUAUGAUAUAGUUCCUAGUGCAACUGGUAUGUCAAAAAAUGCCAAAGAAUCUGAGAAAUUGCGGGAGGAAGGCAAUAAAGUUUUUGUCACAGGUAUCUUGAAUAACACGGCAUGUAUUGAUGCUUUAAAAUUAUAUACAAAGAGUAUAGCCUUUGCACCUUAUCCAUCUGAACAACUUGCUCGUAGUUAUGCUAAUAGGUCAGCAGUUUUAUUUAAAUUAGGCUUGUAUUCAGAAUGCAUUCAGGAUAUUGACAGAGCACUAGCCCUAAAUUAUCCUGACAAUCUAAGAGUAAAGCUUUAUCUGCGUAAAACAGAAUGUUUAAUGAUUACGGGAAAUCAUUCUGUAGAACACACACUUAAGGAGGCACAGCACUGGCUGGAGAAGAUGUCUAUAAAUGAUACAAAUCGAGAAAGAUUAACUGCAAAGCUUAAUGUUUUACAUAAUAAAACUACGCAGACAAAUAUAAAUAAGAAUACAAAAGUGAAAACAGAAGAAAUUCCUGCUCUUCCUAUUAUUAAAUCUUGCAAUAACGAAGUUCCUUGUGCUUCAGAUGCAAUAGCUAUAAAAUAUAAUGAGCGUUAUGGCAGACACGUUGUAGCUACUCGUAAAAUUCACCCAGGGGAGGUAAUUGCUGUGGAGAAACCUUAUGCAUUAAUAUUAGUGCAAGAAAAUAUGCAAACGCAUUGCUCUAAUUGUUUAAGGGUGUGUUGGGCAAACAUACCCUGUAACUAUUGUACUUAUGCUAUGUAUUGUUCAGAAGAAUGUAGAAAUAUCGAAUGGGAGAAAUGUCAUAAUAUAGAAUGUGUUGUCUUCCCUGCUGUGCUUGAAUAUUCCACUUAUAAUCUCGAUUUGUGUAGCAUAAGACUUGCUGUGCUUGCUUUAAGAGAAGCUGGUGGUAUUGAGGAAUUAAGAACAAUGGUAAAAGAAGUUGACGAACACGAUGAUCCACGAACAAAAGGUUUUUCUCGAGAUGGAAAAUUACAUAGCAAUAGAUACAUUGGCGUAUAUAGUCUCGUGACAAAUACCGAGAAAAGAUCCGUUUCUGAUCUUUUCAAGAGAUCUUUUGAUACUUCUUUUUUUGUAUAUUUUUUAGCGACGCGUACUGUGAUAUUUGGUGCUAAAUUACCAGAGGAUUUAAGCGGACUGGCGAAAAACAACGAUGUUACAUUUAUUGGUAGUCUUAUUUUAAGACAUCAACAAAUAAUCCCCAGUAAUAUGCACAGUUUUGGUGAAACGCAAGGUUUAGAAUAUCUAGAACGCGGUAUAGCCGCUAUGCCAUUUUUUAGUUUAAUUAAUCAUUGCUGCGAUCCAAAUAUAUUAAGACACUCAAGACCUGAACAUAUAGUGAUAUAUGCCAUGUAUCCCAUUGAAAAGGGCGAGCAGUUAUUAGACAAUUAUGGCAAACAUUACGCCGUCAUGUCAAAAGCACAGAGGCAACAGAAAUUACUCGAACAGUAUUAUUUCAUCUGUGAUUGCUUACCUUGUCAGGAAGAUUGGCCCUUAUAUGUUGAAUUACAGUCAUACCAAACAUUAGUGAAGAAACCAGAGGAUAAGGCUAAGAUAAAAAAGGCGUUAAAGAAAUUUAAUAUGUAUGUUGAUUUAGCAACAAUAGGCAACGUGCCGAACAGACCUUAUAUCAUUAAAGACUUAUUGAAAAUGGUACAAGUAUUGCACGAUUGUGCGCCGACGCCUUGCGAGGAAAUGAGUAAUGUUAUCGAAACAUUAAAACGGGUAUAUGACUUUAAUGGGAAUAUAUGUGAGAUACCAGAAAUACGAAAGUAAACGCGUUAUAUUUUUCG